AUGGUUGAUCGACUUGUUAACAGUGAAGUCAAUGCCCGGCGAAUGGCUAAUGUGGAGCAAUGUUUCGGUAAAAUGGGAGAGCCGUUAGCACAGUUCGGGCGUGUGCUUGUUGGAGAAGGAGUUCUUGUGAAGAUGUGCAGAAAGAAGCCGAAACAACGUCAGUUUUUUCUCUUCAACGAUAUUCUGGUUUAUGGAAACAUCGUGAUAUCGAAAAAGAGAUACAAUAAACAAAGGAUUCUUCGUUUGGAAGGUGUACAAGUAGAAGAUCUCGAAGACGAUGGAGCCCAAAAAUAUGGAUGGAUUAUCAAAACUCCAGCCAAGUCGUUUGCCGUUUAUGCAGCAACAGAAACUGAAAAACGGGAAUGGAUGUUACAUAUUGAGAGAUGCGUUUCCGAUAUUCUGGAAAGAGGGAUUAAACAAGCGGCUACAGCUCAUGCAGCGGUGUGGAUUCCUGAUGGAGAAGCAACAAAAUGUAUGGUAUGUGGAAAGACACAAUUCAACCUUGUUCAAAGACGACACCAUUGUCGAAACUGCGGUCGCGUUUACAGUUACAUCGACCUCGAAGGAAACAAAUAUGGUCCGUUUGAUGGCUGCAAAAUGGCUUAUUGGGAUAGGGAAGGACAUAUGGAUGACGAUCUAAAAAUAUUUCGAAUCUCGGCGUCCGGAAAAAUUGAGGAGUUCAUUCUUGGCGAGAUGAAAACACAUUCAAAAGAUCCGUUCCUUGAAAUCGAUUCUUCGUCUACUGGAGGCUAUAAAGAAGACGUUAAAGUUAAAAUCCAAGAAUAUGAUUGUUGUUCACAAAGAUCUCUUGUCAGUAAAUAUAAUAAAGAGAAUGGUAGAGGUGAUGAGGAAACGAGUUCACAGCUAUUAACCGAUCCCAACCAAUGUAGAGUUCGUAUUGAGGCGUACUUACAUGGCAGCGUACCUGUCAAAAAGAUAAAACGCACUCCUGCAACAAAAAAUUCUUCCACGGAUAGUUUGAGAGAAUACCACCCCGAAGUCUAUCCAUCUCCUCCUUUCAUGCGUCUUCCAGACUCUCGGUUCCCGAUCAUGACUCCAGAAGAUGCCAGACGAAAGCUGUUUUCUCUCUAUCAACUGAUCAUCACAAUUCCGGAUCAACUGGGCCACUUUCCACCGUAUACCACAGAAACAGUCAGCUGUCAAUUGUGCAAAAUAAAUCUCAGUGGCCCUUCGAUGUUUAAACAUCUGAUAAAUAUUCAACAUCUCAUGAAAGUUUCGAACUGUCUCUUCACCGAAAAUGACAUCGAUUACUGGAUUGAUCGAGUUAACACUGUUAUGAAGGGUGCACAUAUAGGAAGCCUUUCUCUUCCCGGGUUUGAACCAGUCAUGAAUUUGAAUGCAACAGAAUCCGUUUCUGAUUUUAUAAAUCGCACCAAAGGAUUUGCAAGAAAGCCUAGUGCUGAUCUGAUUGGACGACCGUUGAAUGUGCUGUCUACAGUUCUGGAUAUUGAUGCAGCCACAAUGUUCGCUACAAUGAACACUCAUAAAACGAUGAUGAUUUCAGAGAGAAAGUUGUCCGGAACGUUUCUAUCUCGAGUCGUCAAUACGCUCAUUGGCAACAUCGAUAAAACGACAUUCAAACGCCGGUUCACGGCACCAUUGCUGAAGUUACUGGAAAAACAUGUAAAGAGCACAUUUCGGUCGAAUUCUCUAUUUCUUUAUACAGAACAAAUGUCAGUUUUGUGA